GCGAGCAGCGGCUGUAAUCCCACAAUGCAGAGCGGAUGGCGCGUCAUUGGAGAGGGACGAUGAUGGCGGCGGUCGGUGCACCAGAAGUGAUCACACAGCUGGAAAGCGCUGCCAAAGUUUUAAUGGCACCGCCCUCCAUGGUCAGCACAGAUCAGAGGCAACAUGCCGAACAUGUGUUCCUCUCCUUCAGGAAGUCCAAAUCUCCUUUUGCCAUUUGCAAGCACAUCUUAGAGACCAGUAAGGUUGACUAUGUGCUGUUCCAGGCAGCCACUGCCAUCAUGGAGGCUGUCGUGCGGGAGUGGAUCCUGCUGGAGAAGACGAGCAUUGAGUCGCUCCGGGCGUUCCUCCUCACCUACGUCUUACAGAGGCCCAACCUGCAGAAAUACGUCCGUGAGCAGAUCCUGCUGGCUGUGGCAGUCAUCGUGAAAAGAGGCUCUCUGGACAAAAGCAUCAGCUGUAAAAGCAUCUUUCAUGAGGUCGGACAGCUCAUCAGCAGCGGGAACCCCACAGUGCAAACACUGGCCUGCUCCAUCCUCACCGCUCUGCUCAGCGAGUUCUCCAGCUCCAGUAAGACCAGCAGCAUCGGCCUCAGCAUGGAGUUCCACGGAAAUUGCAAACGUCUGUUCCAGGAGGAAGGCCUGCGACAGAUCUUCAUGUUGACCAUGGAGGUGCUGCAGGAGUUCAGCCGGCGAGAAAACCUCAAUGCCCAGAUGUCCUGCGUCUUCCAGCGCUACUUGGCUUUGGCCAACCAAGUCCUCAGCUGGAACUUUCUGCCUCCCAAUCUGGGGCGCCACUACAUCGCCAUGUUCGAGGCCACGCAGAACGUCACGCUGAAGCCUACGGAGACCUGGAGGGAAGCUCUGCUGGACACCCGCAUCAUGGACCUCUUCUUCACCGUACACAGGAAGAUUCGGGAGGACUCGGACAUGGCCCAGGACUCCCUCCAGUGCCUGGCCCAGCUGGCCUCCAUGCACGGGCCCAUCUUCCCAGACGAGAGCGCCCAGAUCUCCUACCUGGCCCACUUGGUGGAGGGUCUGCUCAGCAUGAUUAACGGGAUUGAGAUCGAAGACUCGGAGGCAGUUGGCAUCUCCAACAUCAUCUCCAAUCUGAUCACCAUGUUCCCCCGGAGUGUUUUGACGGCGCUACCCAGCGAACUCUUCACCUCCUUCAUCAACUGCCUCACUCUGCUCACCUGCUCGUUUGGACGCAGCGCCGCCCUGGAGGAGGUGCUGGAUAAAGACGACAUGGUUUACAUGGAGGCCUAUGACAAGCUGCUGGAGUCGUGGUUGACGCUCGUUCAGGACGAGGAGCAUUUUCCUCGCGGCUGCUUCGUCCAGCCGGCAAUCCAGGUCUUCAACUCAUACAUCCAGUGUCACCUGGCUGCUCCGGACGGAACCCGUAACCUGUCAGUGAAUGGCAUCUCGUCUCACGAUGAGGAAGAGAUCAACGAGCUGCAGGAAGACGACAGAGAGCUGUUCUCAGAUCAGCUGUCCAGCAUUGGCAUGUUGGGACGGGUGGCCGCCGACCACUGUAUCCCCCUGCUCACAAGUCUGCUCGAAGAUCGAGUGACACGACUUCACGGCCAACUCCAGAGGACCCAGCAGCACCUCAUGGCCUCGUCCGACCUCGGAUCAGUGGACCGCAAAGUCCUGGACGACCUCUACGAGGACAUCCACUGGCUCAUACUGGUCUCAGGUUAUCUACUAGCAGACGAUCCUCAGGGUGAAACGCCGCUGAUCCCCUCAGAGGUGAUGGAGUUCUCCAUAAAACACUCGACAGAAGUGGACAUUAACACAACGCUGCAGAUCCUCGGCUCGCCGGGGGAAAAGGCUUCGUCCAUACCGGGCUGCAACCGCACAGACUCCGUCAUCAGGCUGCUGUCGGCUGUGUUGAGGACGUCGGAGGUCGAGUCCAGAGCGACCAGAGCGAGUUUGACUGAGCUGCUGAGUCCACAGAUGGGUAAAGACAUCGUGUGGUUCCUCAGACGAUGGGCCAAGACGUACCUGCUGGUGGACGAGAAGCUGUACGAGCAGAUCAGCAUGCCCCUGAGCACAGCGUUUGGUGCCGACACCGAGGGAGCCCAGUGGAUUGUGGGAUAUCUCCUGGAGAAGGUGAUAAACAACUUGUCUGUGUGGAGCUCAGAGGCUGAACUGGCCAAUGACACAGUGGAGCUGCUGGUCACGCUGGUGGAGAAGAGGGAGAGGGCGAACAUCGUGGUCCAGUGUGAGAGCUGGUGGAACCUGGCGAAGCAGUUUGCCAGCCGAAGUCCUCCUCUUCACCUGCUGUCCAGCUCGGUGCAGAGAUCUCUGAUGAAGGCUCUGGUGCUGGGAGGCUUCGCACACAUGGACUCUGACACCAAGCAGCAGUACUGGGCCGAGGUUCUUCAUCCUCUCCAGCAGCGUUUCCUGAACCUCAUCAACCAGGAGAACUUCGCUCAGAUCAGCCAGGAAGAAGCCGUCAAACAGGAAAUUGUCGCCACAUUGGAGGCGCUGUGCGGCAUCGCAGAGGCAACGCAGAUUGACAACGUGGCGUCGCUCUUCUCCUUCCUCAUGGACUUCCUGUCCAGCUGCAUCGGCCUUAUGGAGGUUUACAGCAACACGCCUGAGACAAUCAACCUCAUCAUUGAGGUUUUUGUGGAAGUUGCUCACAAGCAGAUCUGCUACCUGGGAGAGACAAAGUCCAUGAAGCUGUACGAGGCAUGCUUGACGCUGCUGCAGGUUUACUCCAAAAACAACCAGAGCCGGAAGCGGAGCGACGCCACGGCGGAGGAGGACCAGUACCAGGACCUGCUGCUCAUCAUGGAGCUGCUCACAAACCUGCUCUCCAAAGAGUUCAUCGACUUCAGUGACACCGACGAGGUGUUUCGGAACCAGGACCAGGGAACGCCGGCGUCCAGUCGGACAGUUUCAGCCGCAGAUGUUGUUCUCUACGGUGUCAACAUCGUUCUUCCACUCAUGUCUCAGGACCUGCUCAAGUUCCCGUCUCUGUGUAAUCAGUACUACAAACUCAUCACCUUCAUCUGCGAGAUCUUUCCAGAAAAGAUCCCACAGCUGCCUGAAGACCUUUUCAAGAGCCUCAUGUUCUCUCUGGAGCUGGGAAUGACCUCGAUGAGUUCAGAAAUCAGUCAGCUGUGUCUGGAAGCUUUGUCUCCUCUGGCUGAACAGUGCGCUAAAAACCAGAAGGACUCACCUUUGUUCAUCGCCACUCGUCACUUCUUGAAGUUGGUGUUUGACAUGCUGGUCCUGCAAAAACACAACACAGAGAUGACGGUGGCUGCAGGAGAAGCUCUUUACACACUCGUGUGCCUGCACCAGGCGGAGUACUCGGAGCUGGUGGAGACUCUUCUGUCCUCCCAGCGAGACGCCGUCAUCUACCAGCGGCUCGCCGACGCCUUCAACAAGCUGACGGCGAGCAGCACACCGCCCACCAUGGACCGCAAGCAGAAGGUCGCCUUUCUCAAGAGCCUGGAGGAGUUUGUGGCCAACGUGGGCGGCCUGCUCUGCGUGAAAUAACCACUGGAAAAAAGAAAGAAAGAAAAAAUGACCCGGGAUCGAUUCAUCGCAUCGCUGAAAAGCAACCAAUCAGAAACGCCUCCCUCCUUCCUCCUCAACGCUUCGUCAUCGACGACAGAAGAGACGAAGCCUUGGAGGAACUCUCAUCUCACUUGAAUGUUUACCUGAAUGUUUGUUCUCCUCCCCGCCAGCUGCACCCAAACGCCCUGUCACCCCUCCACCAUAACUGACACUAUUGAUGAUGAUGAUGAUGAUUUUGUUGUGGUGGUAACCAUGGAGACUGAACUGCUAAGCAGACAGAGUCAGUCGCAGGUUUCUGCCCUGUUGGACUGAAGCGAUGGGGCGCCAUGACGACGAGAGGCAGAGCAGCUGAUGAUAAUGCUGUCCUCCUUCCUCUUCCUCCUUCCUCUUCAUCAUGUGCCUGAAGGCUUCUGGAGCACAGACACACACACACACACAAAUACACACACACACAAAAACACAUUCGGAGCGACACUGAGGUUAAAACAAGUUGAAUUUGUUUUGGUUCUGGAUGCUGUUUUUAGGUAUUAAAGGAGCCAUUUUUGCUCAAUACCAUGGCGACCAAGUAACCCCCAGUUUGUACGCACGCACACACACACACACAAAUGGAUAUCAACACACAAACACAUCAACACACAAACACAAUCAGAGCAACACUGACGUUGAAACAAGUCGCCUUUAUUUUGCAUUUUUGCCUCUGAAUGUUGUUUUACGGUAUUAGAAGAGCCAUUUUGGUUCAUGAGCACCAUGGUGACCAACUCGCCCCCAGUGUGUAGGCACACACACCAAAACACACAUAGAGCAACACUGAGGUCGAAACAAGUCGCCAAUAUAUCGCCCCUUAGUUAUGUUUGAAGAUAUGAGAGGAGCCAUUUUGGUUCACGAGUGCCAUGGCGACCAUCUCAUCACCAGUGUGCGCUCAUAUACACACACACACACACACACACACACACACACACACACAUGCACACUCACACCAACCCAAGCACACACAGAUUAAUGCUGAAGUCCCUUAUUUUGCCUCUGGAGGUUGUUUGAAGGUAUUUGAGGAGCCAUUUUGUUUAAUGACGCCAUGGCGACCAACUUGCCCCCGGUGUGCGCGCACACACACUCACACACCCACACCCACACACACCACCCUCGACCUUCCCAGAGUGCCUUUGUUUUGUUGAUUGUUGUGUGUGUUUGUGUGUGAAUCACGUCAUACAUCAACUGACAACACAUGACGACUGUGCCUCCCAUUUGCCAAGAACACAGCACACACACAUGCACACACUUGUACGUGCUCGACACGUUGCCAUGACAACAGAGGCAUGGCCGACCCGGCUGUCUUUGAGGUUGCUGAAACUGGCAGCAGCACAGGAGGCGUCUGUUCCUCGGUGACGACCGUAAAACCAAAAUCUGACAAAGGGUGUAUAUAUAUAUGCAUAAAUAUAUAUAUAUAUAUAUAUAUAAAUAUAAAUAUAUAAUGUUUUCAAACCUUCAGAAAUGAACAUUCAAAGAAGAAGACGAAGAAGAAAAAAAUGGACUGAAAUGUUUUUAUAUGCCAGCAGACGGCAGGCAGAGUUCAACUGAAGAGGGAGCAACUUUCUCAGUGUUGACUUUUUUGAAGUUUGAUAUUGUUUUUUUUCUAUUUGGAUUAUAGUUUUUUUUUUUGUUGCGGCCCCUCCUCUUCUUCCUCCUCCUCCUCCUCCUCCUGCCACAUGUCUAGCAGGUUUCUUUCAGUAGUAUUUUUCUACAGCAGCACAUCCACAGCAUCCCUCUUCAACACACACUGGAUCAGAGCAGCAGAGACUGAAGGACAGCAAUAAGAAACCAAAUAAAAGGAGCAGAGCCACUCGAUGAAGCAUUAUGUUUGCUGCACUAUCCCCUUAUUGUAGAUGCUGUUUUGUUAAUGAAGUGUAAAAGUGUACAUAAACUUAUUGUAUAAAAUGUUCUGGCCUCUGAGCUUUCCUUUACACCUGCCAUAUCUGUUGUAAUGUCUUUUAUCUACUUUGGUUUUAAAUAAACUUCUUAAUCUUCUAUUUUA